GCGGUGGCGGCUUUCCAUGUCCUCUUUCUCUGCUUUGCCGCCUACAGGGAUAGCCAAAUGCGCAAGCAGGGCUGGUGGAAGGAGGAGUACUUCCUCACUCGUGAUGCUGCGCACGCGCAGGCUCUGAAGAUCAAGCUGCACGUCCGCUUCCGGGCACUCCUUUGCUCUGCAGCCGCAGCUAUUCGAGCGCAGGAGGGCGUCUCAUGGCUGUCAAAGAUGAUGGGCGUCCAGUGCGUGAGGACUGCAGCAGCCGACCGUUUGUACCUCACCGAGAUCGAUGUGCAGUUCAUGCUGCUGCACAUGCACAAAGCGGGAAGCUUAGGCGCUUGGCUUUUUGGCUUCCUUGGUUGUGGCCUUGCAGCCUCGGGCCCUCCAGCCUUCUGGAGAGCAGGGCGGCCACGCACUGUGCAUCGCAGCUACGCCGAAGUGGAGCUCUUGUCCCACCUGGCAGUGCUGCUCAUGCCGGAGGAACCCAUUGGCGAGCUUUUCCGUGACUUUCCGGUGGAGCCUUCUGAGGAAUGGGGGGCGCGAUGGUUGUGCCCAGAUAUCGCUGCCCAUGGAGUUCUGCAGAAGGCGAGUGCGGUGCUUUUUGUUGAAUAUGACGGCCAUCCUCAUCAUCACACAACAGAUGGACGGCAAACCGACGAGCGCAAGACCAGAGCUUUACUCAAGCACGCACCUAGUAAGUAUGCGAGGAAGGUGCUGCUCACAAGCAGUGUUGAGGACAAGAAAGCCAGGAUGCACGCAUUUUUGAAGGGGGAACUGGAGUUCUCAAACUUCAGCAUCGAGACUCUAGCUCACAAGUUUCCAGGUAUCUGGGGCACCAGCAUCCAGGACAAUCUGAAGCCCACAGUGGCGUGGCUUGAGGAUGUUGGGCUGAGCAGGGCGCAAGUGGCCAAAGUCAUUGCUGUUUGUCCUGCAGUCUUGGGCCUGAGCAUCGAAGGCAAUCUGAAGCCCACAGAUUUCACAGAUGGGCAGGUGUGCAACAUGAUUGUUCAACUUCCGGCCAUGUUGGGGUACAGUUACAGCCGCCUGCGUCAUCGGUUGCAAGUGCUGCGCAAGAGCAACAGUUUGGCCAAGCUUGUCUCUGUCAUGACUUUGACGGACAAGCGCUUUGCAGCGCGAUUCCCUGAACCAAUGUUUGGAGAUCCU